GGUCAGUCCAGUCCAAUGCAUGUACCCCGGCCUAACUGGGUUGUGAAGGGGGUUGUGGGCUCAGUUUGAGAGCGCGCUUGAGCUGCUCGUGCCACAAGAGGAGAUUUGCAAAGAUGCGUUAGCGAAAAAACGGCACCAUAUUUCAAUGUCGUUAUUAUUUCCUCUUCUAUUUUUUUACCACUAAUUUUAAGUUUGUUUCGAAACGAAUGAUGACAUGGACUUUGCAUGACGAGGAAGGCAUUUAAUAUCGGAUGUCAACAGCAUUUUACGCGCCGGUUAAACACGGCGGAAGGGAUGCACUUGCUGCUGACACUUUUUGACGAAUGUCAAUUUAGCAUUGCUUAUUUGUUGGGAAACUCUAUUUCAUUGUGAUACGGUGUUUAGUUGCAUGCAUUAGCGUUUAUACAAUCGUUGUCAGUAUUAGUUUGUGGCCGUAAUUAUUUGAACCGCCUGACAAACAUCAACGUCAUUGAUGUAGGACAAGAAGACUGAUUCAUCCGUGCAUUGCUUGAUCCAUUCUUGAAAACAGUUCCUUCUGGACAAGAUCUGGGGAUGAGUAGAUGGGUUAUUAGACAACCAUUACCGGGUUUAUGUAGGUCGGCUCGGUCUUCACUUAACGUUGAAUAAUUCGGCUAUACCGCAGUAAAGCCUCAACCAUGUAUGCUGGACGGAAAAGAAGAAAACCGGUGCAAAGAGACAUCGAAGUGAAAGACCAAAAAGAGAAACAGAAAGCUCCAUCUGAAGGGACCAAGUCUAACCCAUCAAAACGCCACCGGGACCGUCUGAACUCUGAGUUGGACCGUCUGGCCAGUCUACUGCCCUUCCCAGAGGAGGUCACCUCCAGCUUGGAUAAACUCUCUAUCUUACGGCUCAGCGUGAGCUAUCUGAGGACCAAGAACUUCUUCUCAGUUGCCCUGAAGACCCAGGCUUGCAAGGGUUUGAAGGCCAACGGUGGUAACCAUGACAGCAGCGAGACAACGGGAUUGGUGGACGGCUGGAUGUCCGAGGGUGAACUCCUAUUGCAGGCCCUUAAUGGUUUCAUCCUGGUCAUCACUGCAGACGGAGUCAUAUUCUACUCCUCUCACACCAUUCAGGAUUACCUGGGAUUCCACCAAACGGACGUGAUGCACCAGAGUGUGUUUGAUCUGAUCCACACUGAGGACCAGCAGGAGUUUAGGAGGAACCUGCACUGGGCUCUCAACCCCCCGGCCGUGCCCCAGCAGGUGGAGUCACCCCCAGAUGGAAAGCCGGUCCCCAGCUCGUCCCUGGUGACCUAUAACCCCGACCAGCUGCCUCCAGAGAACUCCUCCUUCCUGGAAAGGAACUUCGUCUGUCGCUUCCGCUGUCUCCUCGACAACUCUUCUGGCUUCCUGGCCCUGACCCUCCAAGGCCGUCUGAAGUUCCUGCAUGGCCAGAACUGCCGGCUGGAUGACGGCUGUAACGUGCCCCCCCAGCUGGCCCUGUUUGCCAUCGCUACCCCCCUCCAACCUCCAUCCAUCCUGGAGAUUAGGACCAAGAACAUGAUCUUCAGGACCAAACACAAGCUGGACUUCACCCCCAUGGCCUGCGACGCCAAGGGGAAGAUCGUGCUGGGCUACACCGAGGCUGAGCUCCGGGUUCGAGGCUCUGGAUACCAGUUUAUCCAUGCAGCUGAUAUGCUCUACUGUGCUGAGAACCACGUCCGCAUGAUUAAGACAGGGGAGAGCGGGCUGACGGUGUUCAGACUGCUCACUAAGGAUAACCGCUGGAGGUGGGUCCAAGCCAACGCCAGACUGGUCUACAAGAACGGCAAGCCUGACUACAUCAUCGCCACCCAGAGGCCCCUGGUGGAGGAGGAGGGAGGAGAGCACCUGAGGAAGCGUUCCAUGCACCUCCCCUUCACCUUCGCCACGGGCGAGGCCCUUCUCUACCAGAGUAGCUACCCCAUCCACGGCCUCACCGACUCACUCCAGGCUAAAGGCAAGACCAAAUCCAAGAAGGGCAAGCUGGACAAGAACCCGUCGAAGGAUAACGGUGGAAUGGACCCCAGCUCCCUGCUCGGGGCGCUGAUGAGGCAGGAUGAGUCAGUGUACGUGUGCCAACCAGCCGUCGAGCCCAAGAUGUCCUUCCACAGUAGUCUGUUUAGUGAGGGAGGUGAGGGGAAAGGGCAGAGCAGUGGAUACUAUAGCGGUGGCCCUCUGGGUGGGGGUGGGGGUGUGGGAGAGAGCUGGAGCUCUGUGCCCAACGGGGUUACCACCAUCUCCACUGGCCUCAACGGGGAGCCUCCGUCCAGUUUCGACCCGCUGCUCGCCACCCUGGACUCACUGUCUCUGGAGGGGGACGAGACAUGCUCUAACAGUGAGCUGUUCUCUGCUCUGGAGAACCUGGGUCUGAACGCAGAGGAUCUGGAGCUACUGCUGCUGGAUGAGAGGAUGAUCAGAGUGGAGAUGGAUCCGGACUACAUCCCCUCGCUCAACGACCUGCUCACCAACAACGAGAUCCUCGCCUACAUCCACGACUCGCUGGAGAACAAGACAGAGGAGGGCCAGGGUGGGGAUAGUCGCGUGUCCAUACCACAAACCUCAACCACAACCCAUCCCCCUGGCCCUAUCCUUAAUUCUGGCCUUAUCCUUAACCCUCAUACCCAAGCCGCCCGCACUAUGCAUAUCUCUACCUUCCACCCCCAAGCUCCUGCCCCUCAACCCAUGUUACCCCCUCACAGACUACCAAAACAGCCACCCAUAGUGCAGCUCUCCCAGCAGAUGCAGCAGCACCUCAACUUAGUAAAGCCCGUUCUGGCAAAAUACCCCUGGCCCCCGACACAAACAGACGUCCCCACGCCAAGCCAGCCAGACACCCUGCAGCACACGAACUCACUAACCUUGGUCCAUAAUGGUCACUGGCUUCCCCAGCAGCAGCAUAUGCUUGCGGGGCUGGAUGACCACUGCCACAGCCUUCACCCCCUGGUUAACAGUAAGACAUCCCAGCUGGGGCCUCACGGGGCCGGGCAGCUCAAACAACACCAGAACAACAUCCAUCUUCAGAGCCAGUGGCAGCAGCACAACCAGCACUUACAGGUCCAGCUUCAAUCUCCGUGUCAUUUCAAACAGCAGAAGGCUAGGAGCAGCAGCAGUGCCACUCUCAACGGGGUGGACCCUGAUCCCGAUUGGCAUAGUUCCAGCUACGACGACCAGUUGGGACUGACCGCUAAUGGAGCUAAUGGAGCCUGCACCGUCUCCUACCCCAACAGGCAUGCGGACACCCUCACACACGCUACAGAAGGAGAGGUCACUCAAACGGAUUACGGUAUGGGUGAUUUGACUACCGUGGGCAUGGUCAUGAACGGGGUUACGGUAGGGGGCAUAGGUCACUACCAGGGACAAGGUGGGGUGACCGCUAACCCCUCAGACCAUCUGGUGCAUCACAAACAACAUUCUCCACAGGUCCCAUCCACCUACUUCCCUCAGUACUCCACCACACAGAACUCUUUAGAUUACAUCCUGGGGCUGUCACAGCCUCAACUCACCAUGCCUACUCUGGACGCCUACGGCAUUUUGAAUAGCCCCGCUUCCCAGGAUGCCACUCUCUGCAAGAUGGAGAACGGCUGCAUCCUCAACGACACCAACGUGGCUUACACAGGGAGCUGUCUACUGCCCAAUGUGAACAGCCAGACAACCAGCGACAGUCUUCAGCCCGACGCCCUACAUACCCUGCCAGACCCACAGACUACUGGCUUCUACCUCUGAGAGGGGGUGUCAGGGCAAAGAGAGACCAUUGGACCAUUUUGUCAGGACAAGCGGGAGGGGGUGGCAUAAAAAAUAAAGAGAAGAGGAGAAACAAAAUAAGAAUUAAACUGAACUGUGGUUGUUAUGACUUUCUAUGUAAUGUUCUCUCCAUUUCAUUUGUGUUCGACGGACUCCGUACUCAGUGAAAGAGCUCAGGAUGGUGUCUCUCUGCACUCUGACAGUAGUUUCUCCACUGGCACACAGCUCUGGGGGGGGGGGGGGGUUGCAAUCUUCUCUUGUUACACUUUUUUUAUGAAGGUUAUGGUUGGUUGAGAGAGCAGCGAUUUCUUCACCACUUAAUAUCAUUGUUUUUCUUUAUGGGUGUACAAAAUAUGGUUUCUGACAAAGAUUAAGACUGUGUGCUACAGUACUGCGCUUCAAUACAGUGUAACUUGUUAAAGGAGGGAAUGUGGGUAUGGAAAGGAUGGAGAAGGAUUGUGAUGGAGAUUAAUAUGCAUUAUAUGAAGAAUGAUGAGACUGAUUGAUUGAAGGAGCUGGACAUCUGGAAUUAUUGUAAGGUAGGUUACAAGUGUUCUGUUCUGUGUGUUAUGUUUUGUGUCAUCUGCCCACAGAGAUGAAGAGGAAUUGAUUCAGGCCUAUCAUUUUGGUGUUGGUGAUCUGCGUGUUGGUAAAAGAGUAUUUCGGUCUUGCAUGUUAUUGAGAUUGAAUAUGUGAAACAGAUACCAUAUUAUGGUCAAAUGGCAUCUAAAUAUGAAGAGGGAGAGCAGAUUGGCGGAAGGGCUGACCGUUUUGGUGUUUAUUUUCAUGCUGCAUUUUUAGCCUGGAAGAAGGUUACAUUACCAGUAUAAUGUGUAUUUAUUUAAAUGGCACUCAAAUCAACCGAAGCAUUUUCUUGACCGGCUACAGUAUGAAAUCGCUCAGUAAAUUAAGUUCUGGAAUACAGCAGUACACCGCUUAAAUUCAGGAAGUAAACAAACAAAUUACAGAUCCAUCAUUCCUCAUUGAAAAGCUUUGAGGAAAAACUGAAAUUUGGAUUUUAGUUAAUUUCCUGAAUUGAAAUGAAAUUCAGCUAAACAAACUGUAUUCGAUGCCAAGAGGCAGAGGAAUGGGAACGAUCAUUUCAAUGGGCUUCCUCUCUUACAGGGCCCAAAGUGAUUCCAUCAUGGUCAUCGAUCACAGUGGUUCUCAAACCUCUCCUCGGGGACCCCCGGAAGAUUCACAAUUCUGUUGUAUCCCUGAACUAGCUCACUUGAUUCACUUAGACAAGGGCUCGGUGAUUAGCUGACAAGUUGAAUCAGCUGGGCUCGCUUUAGAAUAGAUCAAAGGUGUGGAAACAGGUGCUGGUCCCCAGGAGAGGUUUGAGAACCACUGUUGAAUCGCACUGAAAACAUUCCAUGAGUAUUGACUUGAUCAUUCUCAUGAGCAUUGAUACAAAAAACCAAAUGAGAGGACAAGUCUUUUAAAGAGAUUCUAUAUUGAAAAGGUGCAAUGUUGAAUGUGUUGUGUAUAUUGUAAAAGAGUUGUAAAAAAAAUAUCCUAUUACAGUAUUUUGUUGUAAAAAGUUCUGGAAAAUCAUUUUUAAUUAAUAUUGGUAGUGUUAGAAAACUGUGUCCUAAAUGGCACUCUAUUCUCUACAUAGUGCUAUACUUUUAACCAGAGCCCUAUGGGCCCUGGUCAAAAGUAGUGCACUAUAUAGGGAAUGUGGUGCCAUUUGGGAUGUAACUAAUUACAUAAAUGUCACAAUCAAACGCAUUUACUGACUUGCCUCUCUCUUUAUAUUUGUUUGUCUUUUUUUGUAUAGACGUUUCUUAUAUGAAAUAGAUUUAUUUCAAUCAACCAGGAGAUAUAUGUAAAAAUAAAAAAGCAAGGUGACAAUCAAUAACAACAAAAAAAACUGCUUAAUAAAAAAAACUGUUGUGUAAAUAGUUCAAGGCUAUUUUUAUUUUUUUGCAAGCACUACUUUUUAAAAGCACUGCUACAAGCAAUUUUUCUCUAGCACAAAAAGUAGGCUUGUAGAAAAUCAUUUUGGACUCUAUUAUAUGACCACAGUACCUACAGUUCUGUGUUUUAUUUCAAAGUCAUGUUUGGAGAACGUUUUGUGACUUAAACGAAUAUGGUGCCAUAGUGGUGACAUACUGCAGACUCACAUCCCAGAUUUGUGUUUUAUGUUUAUGAUAAAAUGUUGUCAUUGUUCUUUUUUUAUCACGUUGAAUUUAUUUUGACACACUCAAAGUUAUUGUAGAUGUAAAAAAUAAAAUAAAAAUCAGUUCAAAUAUAAAAUAUACUAUUUGUUCCUGGAAAUAAAGGAUUUGUGCAAUCACAGUUCAUUUUAAUCACA